CACAUCUCUUUGAAUGAAAAUAAAUGUGCGAUUUAAUUUUGAGAUCUACAUUUUCUUGCAUAUAUCGUUAGAUGUUGCUGCUAUAAAUUCUAUGCCAGACAAUUUUUUAAGCAGAUACCAGCAAAAACCAACGACAUGUUUUAACUGUAACUUAGAAUUCUAGCUGAAAUAUUUUUUUGAGUGUAGAUAGUUAUUUUGAUGGUCAGAAAAAAAUUCCCUUCGGAUCUGUAUCUGGCUAAAUUUUUAGAUCCCUCGACCCAAGACAGUUCUUUCCGUUGCAGUUGUACACCACACUCGCAGAAAUAUUUCCCACAAAUUAUUUCGCGCGAUUUAUCGAGCGUCACAUUACAGAGAUCUUGGCAACCUAUACAAGACACGAGGGUUCUUACCGCUGAAGAUUUUCGGUGGUCGAUAAAACGACCGCGAGGCGACGACCACGACGACUUCGACGAGGAUGAGGACGAGAGAGUCUGUGCUCACUUUCCCUCGCGACGCGAGGCAAACGCGUAUCGUCCCCGAUCGCUAAAGGGUACCAUCACCGCGAUGGCGAAUUCGCUUUCGCAGAUCCCGAUCGUGAACACAGAUGCCGACGGUUUGCACACGAAACCGACGGGGUCGAGUGACGCGAAACCUUUCUUCAAUGAUGGACGAUAAAUAAGCUAAGUAAUUUUCCUUUUUGAAUUUAGAGCUCCGCAGGAUUAAAUUCGAACGUCCGUGAUAUAAUUGCGAGUGAGCCGAGAAUUAUUCAAUCGCCCUAAGUAACCAUUUCAAUCUAACGACGGCUGAUUUUAUUAGAUUAAUUACAUUUAAAACUCGAUUUGCUGGAUUUGUGAAUAUUAUAUGUAAAAA